AGCGUAGCGGUCACACCGGGGGCGUGCACCCUCAUCUCGCCAAAGCUUUCUUCAGUAGCCAUUUUCUCUUCGAGCUCCUUCCAGUAUAAGAUCAAAACGGCGACGUUAACCAGCUAGCCUUUACUAGAGAUCAGAGCUCCGGCGUUUCAUAAUCCCGAUCCGGCAGUUAUUCCGAUCGUCCGGUGAGUCUGGUAGAUCUGACGAACUGUAAGCGAGGCGAUUUGGCGGCGUUGCUAGUGGUCGGUUGAGUUGUAGAUAAGAAUGAGUGUGAGCCACGCGUCAGUGCAUCCGGUCGAAGCUCCGCCGCUUCAGACGGAGGCGGCGAACGUGCCGAGAGUCAGGAUGAAGGACAUCCAAGGGAUGCCUGGCACGAUCAGCGGCCUCUUCCUGCGUUUCUCUCAGUUCGUCUUCGCCGCCGUCGCUCUCGCCAUCAUGGCAUCCACCGGCGACUUCUCAUCCGUCACCGCUUUCUGUUACCUUGUUGCUGCUGCUGGCCUGCAAGUUUUGUGGAGCUUUUCACUAGGAAUUCUUGAUAUUUAUGCUCUUCUUGUGGGGCGAACUUUGCAAAACCAGCUUAUUGUUAGCAUAUUUGCUGUUGGCGAUGGGGUUACUUCCACCCUAAUGUUCGCUGCAGCAUGUGCUUCAGCCGGCAUCACUGUGCUCAUUGGAAACGAUCUUGGCGUUUGCUCUCAAAAUCACUGCACAGAGUUUGAGACCGCUACUGCCAUGGCUUUUCUUAGCUGGUUCGCAGCUUUACCAUCGUUUCUUCUGAACUUCUGGUCUCUGGCAUCCCGAUCCCGAUGACCAGCAACACUCAAACCGGCAAAUACAUUCCCAUGAUUCUUCUGCAGAUCUCAAGUGCAAAACACCAUACUAUAAUAGCCAUGUGUAGAUACAUAUGCUGUAUAAACCAUGCGUGGGUUUUUGUUUUAUCUCUUUCCUGGAAAAACAUCAUUGUAGUUACUCCGUUUGAACCCCAGCUUUCCAAAGAGAACAUGAUUUAGUUUAUAUUGUGAAUAUAUGCAAAUGAUUGAUUGUUCUCUUUA